AUGAUGAUCAGGAUCCAAUUCAAAUCCAGAUUCUCAGGAAGCAAAACUAUUUCUGGAAUCCAAGCUCAACUUACAUUUCCAGAUUUGGAUCAGAUUCAACUCACCUCUAAUGCACAGGAUGGGACAAAGAAGACGCUGCAGAAAGCGCAGAUCACUCUAAAUGACUGCCUAGCAUGCAGUGGGUGUAUUACAUCUGCUGAGCACAUCCUCAUCACCCAGCAAAGCCAAGAUGAACUUUACCGUGUGAUUCAGGAGAAUUCCCACAAGGAUCCUGAUGAACAGCUGGAGAUUGUUGUGUCAGUGGCACCCCAGCCCAUUCUAUCUUUUGCAGCCCAGUGUGGAAUCUCAUAUGAAGAAGCUGCCACUCGUCUGGCUGGUUUCUUCAAGGGAAUCGGCAUUUCUCGCGUGUUUGAUAUCUCCCAUGCCCGUGACCUAUCCCUAGAGGAAACUAGUCAGGAAUUUCAGGCCCGGUAUCGUUCUUCUCAGUCUGGUGAAACUGGGUUCCUCCCUCUGCUCACCUCAGCAUGUCCAGGUUGGGUGUGCUAUGCAGAAAAGACACAUGGGCACUUCAUCCUACCUUACAUUAGCACAACCAAGUCCCCCCAGCAGAUCAUGGGCUCCCUGCUGAAGCAGACAAAGCCUAGAAAUAAGUCACUUUAUCAUGUGACACUUAUGCCAUGUUUUGACAAGAAGCUGGAGGCAUCUCGUGAGGACUUUGUUGACCAAGUUUCAAAGACUAGGGAUGUUGACUGUGUCAUCACCACUAUUGAGGUGGAGUCAAUGCUGGUAAAGGAGGGCCUUACCUUAAAAGAAGUGGAACCUGCUCAGCUGGACUGUCCAUUGACAUGGAGACCCCUGAAGAAUCCCUCAAUUUUGACUGUGAAUCGGGGCUCUGCAUCAGGAGGAUACCUUGAACACACUUUUGUUCAUGCUGCUAAGGAACUCUUUGGAGAGAAUGUUCUUCAACUGGACUAUAAAGUGAUGAGGUUUGAAAUCCUAUGGUUAGAGCUUUUAGAAGCUCCUAAUGGCCUGAACCAGGAUCUGCAGGAGGUGACCCUUGUGCAUAAUGGAGAGAUAAAACUACAUUUUGCUCUCUCUUAUGGCUUCCGCAAUAUCCAGAACCUUGUCCAGAAAAUGAAGAGGAAGAAGUGCCCUUAUCACUUCGUUGAGGUCAUGGCAUGCCCCAGUGGUUGUGCAAAUGGAGGAGCCCAGCUGAGAGGGGAGGAUCCCAAGGCCCAGUUGGCCAAAGUCAUGCAGCUGUUCAAGGAAAUCCAGUCUCAAACUCCUGAAUCCAAUCUCCACCUGCGUUAUUUGCAUAAUGAGGUGUUGGUGGACGAUGAAACCCGAAAGGCCCUGCUCCACACCCAGUAUCACCCAGUGGAGAAAAAUGUCAAUUCUCUAAACAUCAAGUGGUGAUUGUGUUGCGUGAUAUGUUGUUGAUUUUAUAGAUCAUUUACCCAUUCAUGCAGUGCAAAUGCUGUGUUUUUCGAUUGCAGUCUUGGAAUUUGGUGUAUAAAAAUUUGCAUUGCUCUGAAAUCAA